AUGUCGAAGCCAUCCGAUUUGGAGGACGCGUUCGAACAACUCUCUAUCGAUACACAAGCAAACAAACGAGAUUCAUUGGCUUUUCGAGAAGGGCCAAAACGUCACCGUGCUCUUGUGGACAAAACAAUUAAAUUCAGUUGUCGACGUGAUCAUAUUCUUAUUGAGAUUCGAAAUCAAGGUCGAUCAAGAAAAGUCUUGUAUGCUGGAGUUGAUUGGAAUUCAGAAGUUGUAUUCUCGAAUGUGGAUUCUUUGUCGAAAUAUAAACCGGAUAAAAAAGUUGAAAUAUCAGUCAAGAGGCAAUGCAAGUUAAUAAAAUCGGAGGAUUAUGAGAUAUUGGCAUUCAACGAGUUGGCUGUCGCGUUGAAAAACCCGAAACAAGAAUUAGAAGCUUUCAUUUUCGAAUAUUGUGCUGAUUACGCAAAUAUGCCAAGAGAAAUUCAAGAUGUAGAAUCAAGCAAGAGUUACUAUGAAAAGAUGGGAGCUCUCCUCGUCUCAUUGGAUCAUAAACUAUCCGCUAGAAGACUGAAAUUGAUCGUAGAAGAUCCUGAUGACGUCACUUCGAUUCUUCCUCAACUGGUCCCCGACUAUCUUCAAAUAAUCACAAUUAAUUCAGAGGUGUCGAGCAACAGUUGGCAAAACCACGAGAAAAUCAAAAGAAUUGUGAAUUUGGAGCAGUGGAUGAAAGCUAAAAUGUUGCUUUGCACUCAAAAUAUUUUCGCCUUUUUCCCAAUGGAAAAUCUCAUGAAUUUCAAACAUCUCCGUAUUAAGGAAUGUUCCGUUGAUACAGAAUUUUUGUUGAAACUUAGAGAGCUCUUCUCAAAAUCUCCCAACCUUGGCAAAUGUUACAUCGAAUCAAGAUACAAAUUCGACGCAGAAGUUCUUGCGGAACAUGUCGGCGAACCGGCUCCCUCUACCCAAUGGUCCUCCAAUGUUCGACGUUAUCAAUUUCCAGAUUCUGAAAAAUUCCUGGAGUUUCAGUUUCAUGGGGACACCAUUAGCAUUCAAAGAUACCCAAAAAAUAACACUACAAAGAUCUAG